UUCCUCACCGCGCGGUGUAGACUGCUCUCGAAGCGUCUCUACUCUCUACUCAACCGGUGGGAAGCGGAAGCAAGCCAGGAAAUCGAAAAUCCGCCCAGCAAAUUCGCCGAAUUCUCCCUCCCGACGAUUUCAUCGUGCGUCCCGAGCUCGACCCUCGAUUCCUUCUGUUCAGAUGGAGGCGGCGCCGGAGAAGCAAUCGCCGUCGCUCGACGAUUGCCUCAAGCUGUUGAGAGGCGAGAGAGACGAGCAGCGCCUGGCCGGCCUGCUCUUGGUGACCAAGUUCUGCAAAGGGGACGACCUCGCUUCGCUGCGCAGGGUUUACGACGCCGUCGGGGCGCAAUUCCUCGACCGCCUCCUCAGAACCGGAAUGGGAGAAGGAUCUACUAAUGGCAGUGGCAAUCGCAAUGCAUACUUGCAGCUUUCAGCAAUAGUUUUUGCUGCGUUCUCCCUCGGUUCCUGUAUCGUCUUUCUAAAGCUUUUCUUUCUUGGAUGGAGAUCGCGGCAGGAAGCCAAGCAAUCAGCAGGAUGAGGGACUUGGAAUCGUUGCCGCAGAUGGCCAGGUACAUCUGGUUCAUGACUCGCCGCGCCCCUCAGGGAAGUUCUUGACGCAGGUGACGAGGGUGCCAGUGCUGGCGAAGUUCCAGGAGUUGGCGCCGACGCAGAUGUAGAGGCACGUUUGCCAGACGGCAGGGUGGGGGAUCUUGCCGGGGACGGCGAGCCAGAUGAGGAAGUAGCCGGCAAAGUUCACAGCGGAGCCAGUGAGGAGGACGAACCGGGUCGGGGUGACCUUGGCGAUGAGGCCGGAGAGGACGCCGACCUUGGCGCCGAGGUCCUUGAAGAAGCCGGGGAGGGGAGGUUAAGGCCCUGAGGCUAGUCUGGUCGUAGCCGAGGGUGGACUCGAUCUGCUUGGAGUUGAUGCCAAAGAGGUGGCACCGGCGCUGGCGCCGAACAUGACGAGGAAGGAGGCGAGCACCGUGAACCACUGCCCGCGGAGCAGGGGACCGUGGACCGGAGCGCCUCGGAGCCGGCUGGUCCCGGCGGGUCGCCUGUUGGUGCAGAGUUGGUUUCAAAGUGAAGUGAGAGAGUGUUAUGAAAUUAUUUGGAAAUGCUGAGUUUGCUUUGCUCCCAAUAUAAAAUGGAUGUGAUGUUUGAUCGAAAGCUCUUCGAUCUGAUCUGAUUACCCGAAAAUGGUGCAGAUGUCAGCCCGAGGUAGUUUAUGGACAUAUAUUUUAUCGGUCGGAUUCUAUAUAAAUAUUUCGAUUUAUAGGUUU